GGCCUAGAAAAUUGUGCCCAACGCAAACACCAGGAAAAACUCCGCCAACCUGAAGGUCCCCAUAUAUAUCCGGCGACAGCUCUGUCAAUCUUCUGUUUACUUCCGUAGAUCACGUCCAUCACUCUAUAAUCCCCUUUCCACCUACAAAUCCUUCAAUAUGCCUGCCAUUGAACACCCUACCAUCAAGGAUGGCUGGUUCCGCGAGAUCUCCGGCAUGUGGCCCGGCCAGGCCAUGACCCUCCAGGUCAAGGAGGUUCUUCACCACGAGAAGAGCAAGUACCAGGACGUCCUCAUCUUCGAGUCGACCAACUACGGCACCGUCCUUGUCCUCGACAACGUCAUCCAAUGCACCGAGCGCGACGAGUUCUCAUACCAGGAGAUGAUUACCCACCUGGCCAUGAACGCCCACCCCAACCCCGAGAAGGUCUUGGUCAUCGGCGGUGGUGACGGCGGUGUCCUCCGUGAGGUCGUCAAGCACGACUGCGUCAAGGAGGCCACCCUCUGCGACAUCGACGAGGCUGUCAUCCGUCUCUCCAAGCAAUACCUCCCCGGCAUGUCCGUCGGCUUCGAGCACCCCAAGACCACCACCAUCGUCGGCGACGGCUUCAAGUUCCUCGAGGACAAGAAGGGCGAAUUCGACGUCAUCAUCACCGACUCCAGCGACCCAGAGGGUCCCGCCGAGGCUCUCUUCCAGAAGUCCUACUUCGAGUUGCUCAACGGUGCGCUCCGUGAAGGCGGUGUCAUUACCACCCAAGGUUCCGAGAACCAAUGGCUUCACAUGCCCCUCAUUGUCAACCUCAAGAAGGCUUGCAAGGAGGUCUUCCCCAACGUCGAGUACGGCUACACCACCAUCCCCACCUACCCCUCCGGCCAGAUUGGCUUCAUGGUCUGCAGCAAGGAUGCCAACCGCGACCUCAAGAAGCCCCUUCGCAGCUGGUCUACCGAAGAGGAGGAGCAGCUUUGCAGGUACUACAGCAAGGAGAUCCACGAGGCGGCUUUCGUUCUGCCCACCUUUGCUCGCAAGGCUCUCCAAUAAGCGUAUGGCUUGUCGAAUUUCUUUUCGUUACGACCUCACUAGAUACCACGAUAUGUGAUGAAUAUCAAAAGACUGUAAAGUCAUACCCAACGAUACAUCGAUACUUUCGACUGCAUACGCUCAGACAUGCUUGUUUUGCUAACUACGAACAUUCUACAC